AUGGAGUUCUUUGCCACGGGCGCGUUUCAACAGCUCUACAGCGACCUGGAGGAGCCGGCAAGUGCAACCGGCGAUGUCAGUGAUUUCUACAUCGAGUGUGCGGGGAGCGCGCCACUAAACACAACACUUGGUAUCGAUGACUACCAGUUGGCCCAGGAUUGCUGUUAUGCGGAUGUCAAUUUCAGGGGGGACAGUGAUCCUAUUCCUUACAGUGAGCAGGACGGGGACUUGGACUACUACGGCAUUAUAACCCUCGACAGCAACAACAACAGCAACGAGCACUUCAGCAACCUAUCUGAGGAGCAGUUGCAGUUCAGCUUGAGCGUGGAUGCCACAUCGGGGCAGGAGUUCAGCGAUUGGGAGCAACGUCUGUUGGACAACUUUGUGGAAAUUCCCGAGCUAAUCGACUUCCUGCCUGAGCGCACGCCACUCUGCACAGACAUGUGCGAUGACUUCCUGCAGGAAAGUAAUGACAACUUGCGCCUGGCCACUCUCUCAACGACAUCAGCAUCUGCAUCGGCAUCAACUUCCACCUCCACGCCCGCUAUCUCACCAACAGAUGCAGCAGCGGAAGAAGCUGCAGCAGCAGCAGCAGCGACCCAGCAUCGUAUCUAUCGGCAGCAGAUGCACCUGCCGUUACUGGGACAAAACGCUGCCGGCGAGCGGGGUUAUCUGUGCACCUUCGGCAGUUGUGAGAAGCUAUACGCCAAGCCAGCCCACCUCAAGGCUCACCUGCGCCGGCAUCUGGGCGAGAAGCCAUAUGCCUGCAGCUGGCCUGACUGCAGUUGGCGCUUCUCGCGCUCCGACGAGCUGGCCCGGCAUCGCCGCUCCCAUUCUGGCGUCAAGCCCUACAAAUGUGACUAUUGUGCCAAGUGCUUUGCCCGUUCCGACCAUCUAACCAAGCACCGUAAAGUGCACGAACGUCGUCUGCUGGCGGCUAGUCGGGCGGGAAAGAUCCUGCCAGAUGGCCAACUCCCGCAUAGUGUCUACGCCGUACGUCCGGGUCGCAAGCGCAAGAAUCAACUCUGA